AUGCCUCCCUCCACCUCUGGUUGGAACACUUGCCUGAGCUUUUUUCUAGGAGCUGGCGCCGUGCUGUUCAUCACAUCUUUGCCAAUUAUUUACCACUCGAUUGGAAGUCAACAUCGCAAGAAACAGCAGAAUCAAAUCUUUCCACUACCUGUUAAGCUGCCGUAUUUUGCUCCUGAUAUACCAUAUUCUCUCCCGACACCAGCUGAGAUCCAAGCAGCCCCUCUUCUAGUCAGCCACAACGGAUACAAGGUGGUGAAAGUCAGUGACCAUUUUGUUGUCAAGUUUGGCAGGGCAAGCCAAGUUGACCUCCUGGAAGGGCUGAAUAUGCUUUUUGUCCAACAAGCAACCAAACUUAAGGUCCCACGGGUUUACGCACUUUACAAUGACCCCGAGUCAUCGACAAAUUAUAUCAUUAUGGAAUUCAUCAAAGGCGACACCCUGGAUACUCAGUGGGCACACUUAACCCAUUGCGAGAAAUCUGAGAUUGCCAUGAUACUCAGACAGUACUUUGAUGAACUACGCAGCUUUCCCUCACCAGGGUUCUUUGGGAGUAUUGGGAAAAGCCAUCUUCUGCAUGGUAUUUUCUGGACCUCACAGCCUACGCCUUCCAUCAACGGUCCCUUCAACUCUGAAGCUGCACUGAAUGAGGCUCUGGCUUUGAAAUAUCUUGAGACAGCAGACACCCGUACCACCUUCAAGGCUGACUUCUAUCGUCGAUCAUUAUCGCAUGUUUUCCGCGGCCAUGACCCAAAGUUUACGCAUGCGGACUUCCAGCGCAAGAAUGUUAUAAUUAGACGGCUUCCCGGCAAUGCAAAUACAAAUACCAACCAAUAUGAAGUGACUCUCAUAGACUGGGAAUUAGCUGGAUGGUACCCUAGCUACUGGGAAUACUCCGUGGCAAUGUGUGCAAGCAGAUGGGAUGAUGACUGGGAUGAAUGGGUUGCCAAAAUCUUACAACCUUUCAACGCGGAGUUUCCUUGGUUGAGGAUGUUGUAUCUGGAGUUAUGGUCCUGA